CGGAGAUUGCGACUCGCGGCUCAGUCGCUCACCAGCUCCGAGAUUGAGUGGGUUGAUUUUGUCGCGGGCUCGUUCGUGGCUAUCGAAGACUCGCGAGCCGAAUCGAAUUGCGUCCGAGGUGAAAGGGAAAUCCGUUUCGUGUCUCGCAUCCUCCUCGAAUUUACCUGCCGCUCCCUUGUGUCGGACUUCCGCUAAUCCCGGUAAAAAGAGAGAACGCGAGAGGAAGAAAGAAGAGAAGACAAGACAGCGCGAGGGAGGGAGAGAGUGAUUCGAGUGGUGCCGACUGUGAUACACUUAGCCUACGCGCGUAACACACAUGGAUAUUCCGAUACCACGGGACUUUUUAUCGUAUGGACACGAAAAUCCGAUAUCUGUGUAAAGAUAUAUAUCCGAACGUUUGAAAGCGGAUCUCCACUUGCGUGCAAAGAAAAAUUCUCUACGAUCAACCGGAGAUAUUGGAAUGGGUGUAUAAAUAAAUACGUACGAGGUGCGGAAAAAAGAGGGAGAAGGACAGAGAGAGACGGAGGAACGAGGGAGAGAUAGAGAAGAGUAGCGGAAGAAAAGAUACACGUGCGCGUGGUCGGUGUCUCGAGGAUACCUGUGGAUGCCAGGCUGGAGUCGCGACGUAUUAGGGCGCGGAUUUCUGCCCAAUGACUACGAAGGAAAUUCAUUUCUAUUCGCUAACCGAUCUCUACUAUUGAUAUUACGCCGUGUCGGAUAAUUUAUUGGCUAGGCCACAAUUGAGAGAAGAGAAGAUAGAUAGCAGAACGUGUUAUGAAAUUGUUGCCAUCGAUUCAACUACCACAAUUGCCGCCGGUUUCGGCCGGGGGUGGAAUGACGGGGAUGGACUCUCGACUACCACCGGGUAUAUCUUUGCCAUUUAGCCCAACAGAGCUACUUUGGCGAUAUGGACCUGCCAUGAAUUUUCCACCCACCCAUCCCCCACCAGGUCCCUUCCUCGAUUUCAAGACGCAUCUACCAGCUAGUUUAGCUUCAGAACCACGGCUGUGGUCCCGCGAGGACGUUGCGACGUUCCUCCGAUGGGCCGAGCGGGAAUUCGAUCUACCCCAGUUCGACAUGGACAUGUUCCAAAUGAACGGCAAGGCGCUCUGCUUGUUGACAAAGGCCGAUUUAGGAGAAAGAUGUCCAGGAGCCGGUGACGUGUUGCACAACGUGCUAACGAUGCUGGCCAGAGACUUCAGCCAGCUUCAGAGGUGUCUUCCCAGCAGCCCUGUCACGCCUACGAGGCCGUCUGCGUACCCCCUCAGCCCCCAUUCGCAUCCUCCUACACCAACCUGGACAGAGAAUCCGUACACCGCGAAUCUGGCCUCGUUGAUGUCCGCCAAUUCGGUGACGUUGUCACCGGCGCCGUCGGUCGACAGUCAAGCUGGCUCGCCAGGGCACACGGAAGGCACUCAGAGCCAGGUUUACAAGAGCGACUCGGACGAGGAUAAUCAACAAGCGGCGACCGGAAGUCCACCGGCCACGCCGACCGCCCUCGCUGCUCAAAGGUUAAGUGAGGUUUGUGUGAAGGAUCAAUCGAGCCCCACGUUGACGCAGCCGAUGAUGCCUUUGACGCCUGGUGCCUUCAGAACGAACCCCGCCAACGCCGCGAGAGAAUUCUUCCCCAGCGAUUCCCCGGAGCCCAACACCAAUGGUAGACUUCUGUGGGAUUUUCUCCAACAACUUUUAAACGACCCCUCGCAACGGUAUACACACUAUAUCGCGUGGAAGAGUCGGGAAACUGGUGUAUUCAAGAUCGUCGAUCCACCUGGUCUUGCGAGGCUCUGGGGUAUCCAGAAGAACCAUCUUUCAAUGAAUUACGAUAAAAUGAGCAGAGCACUACGAUACUAUUACCGAGUGAAUAUUCUGCGAAAAGUUCAAGGAGAACGGCACUGUUAUCAGUUUCUGCGAAAUCCAACGGAGCUGAAGAACAUAAAGAACAUAUCUCUGCUGCGCCAGCAAAUGCGGAUAAAGUCAGAACCGGAAGAAGAAGGCGGAAGUGGCGUUGAGCCGGAAAUCGAUAUGCCGACAGAUCUCUCAAUGUCUAGUAUGAGUCAGCCACCCAGUGAGCAACAGCAACAGCAGCCGCAACAACAGCAGCAGCAGCAACCUCUGUCUCUUCACGAUCCACCUGCAAAAUACAGAAGUCACGCGUACAAUCUUGUGAAAACUAACCAGGAAUCGGAAGAGAAAAAGUGACGCGAAGCAUAGCCACGAUUCGACUACACGUUUUUAACGUUGACUGAAUCAACGGAUUUUGCAUUAUAGAACUCGUCAUUCGAUUCAAAUACUGUUCAAGUAUAUCGUUCACUUGCGGAAUGAACUACACGUCUCUAGAGACAUUCUCUGCCGUUUGUAAACCGCCAGGUCGUCGUCUUCUUUUUUGCAAGGCCAUCAUUCAAGCGAAAGAACUUAGAUUAUAAAUUAGAAACAGCCGUGCGAUCAACGUAUUUGGGACGAAUCCACGACAAAAGACUGACAAAUAAAAUAUCAUAGUGCGAGUUACCGCAUCGAGCGACGAGAAGAAUGGUGUCCAAAGCAAGCAACGUCUAACUGUGUGUCGCCUCGGCCAUGAUCAGUUGAUUCACCUUGAGUUGAAAUACACUACUACAUCGUGAUGCCAACCCGGUUCUUUUGAUUGCUUGUCGAUUUCUAUUCCCGCAUUGGCCGCAACUUCGAACAACGUCCACCGAUUUUGGAAUCGGCUCGAGGAUGAGCAACGAACAAACAGCAAAAAUCAUUGCGUUUUCAAAUGAGAUAAUUGGCUGCCGAGAAUCUUGUUCAGGGAGUCCAAUUGUCGUGCUACGAUUGUGGACGUGUGAUGCUUCGGUGAAGCUGAACUUUCGCGGAUAUUCCGCCGUCUGUUUUCCAUCCUUCGUGUUGUUAAUGCACGUGCGUGCGCGAGUGUGAAACGUUUCUCGCUUCUACAACGAACUAAUUUAGAAAUGCUUAUAGGCUGCUUAUCGACGAACGUACAAAACGGUGUUCGGGAAACGAUCGGAGGCGUUUGAUUCCAAAUUGUUCUGUGAUGCAAAACUUCAGCUUGAAAGUAAAUUUCUUAAAGUAAAGUACGCUUGGCUGUAACCGAGGAUAUGAGUUUGUCAAACAUUUUCUUUUUUUUUUUUUUUUUUAUUUCAGCAAAAGGAAAAAAGUUUCAAGCUAACGUAAUGUACAUAGCUCAAACUUUUUAAAGAGGAUCUGUUUUGUAAAUGAAUUCGAGAAAGUUUCAAAGUUAGUUUCCCGUUGCACCGACUCAGUUGUGCCAAUUUAAAUUCGUCGGUAAUUCGUACAUACUUGCGUUUAGAUUAUAGUGUUCUGUAUAAAGGAAAAAAGAAAAAAAAAAAAUAAAGAAAUAAAGGGAGAAAAAUGCGACUCUCGUUUUGAAUUAGUCGAAACGACGCUGAGAAUUGUUUUGUGUCCCUAAAUCGUAGAUACUUGUAAAUAAGUUGACGAGCUAUUGAAAAAAAAAAAAAAGGAGGUAUAAUAAAUUCUAUCGAGCAAAAAAGAAAAGUGCGAGAGUUUUAAGAAAUUCGGGGCCAGAGUUAUAUAUAUACAUAUAUAUGAAUAUAAAUUUAUGUAUAAAUAAAUCUCUAUAUAUAUUAUAUUAUAUAUAUAUAUAUAUAUAUAUAUUUUACUACGGAAGAGAAAAUUUAUAUUCGAAAUUUCUAUGUUCGUUGUCGAUGCGAUUGUGGCUCACAUUCCUCGCCAACGGAACCUAGACUUUAAACAAAAAACAGUAAAAAGAAAGAAAAAAAAAAGAAUGUAACUAGGGACCGAAGGCGCGUGUACGAUUAAAAACUGGUCUUAAGAUCGUAUUUUUACAAAAGACUCGACAUACAAACUCGGGACAGAAAGUAUGGAAAAGCUCUUAUGAGUGAGUCAAUGUACCACGUGUGAAUGCGUCAUGAGUGUAUGCGAGAGUAAAAAAAGAGGAAAUGAAAAGUGCAUUAGAACAAGCAAGAGAUUUAUGUAACUGAAUUAAAGAAGUUGUAUUUGGCUAUUUGUAUACUGUGAUCUCCGUGAAGUUUUUAUCAUAAAAAUGCGGAUGCAUAAAAAC